AUGACUAGCCUCUGCGUUAGUUUCGUUGCAAGAAUGAGAAUUGCAGACACGAAGCUGGAAUGGACCUUUUUCGGUGUGGCGGUUGCACAAUUUGUGCUGGUCACGCUUCUUCAAAUAUCUGUUCUCGUCAGAUAUCUAGACUGGGUUAACCCUGCAGUCUAUCAAGUUCCCUUAUCUUACGUCAUUCCCAUGGUAUUUGUCAUACCGACCUUGGGAUGUCUCUUCCAAGCUACUGUGGCAUUGGAUACAUGCCGCAUCAAGAACAAGAUUCAGAUAUGGGCGCAGUGCGUCAUCAACAUCUGCCUCUCUGUCACGACGGGAAUGCAAUAUGUGCAAGCCAAGGAAGCGACUGAGAGGAUUUUGAAAGGUCACGACAAGGACAAGAAUCCCUUUGCGGAUAAUGAUGAGCCGUUUUGGAAGUACACGCAACCAGCUUUGAUUGCGUGUAUUGUCUUGUUCUCAGCCUGUAGUAUUCUUAUGGUUGCUCUGGCUUGCUGGCUGCAUGUGGAAUUCUCAUGGACGGUGUAUGAACAUGUCAGUCCUGAUGUCAAGAUGAAGGCCAGGCACUUGAGAUACCAGGCGUAUCUCGUGUUUCUCAAGAUUUCACUUCUCUUUGUUAUUCUCUUUGUCGUUGUCUACGGCUUUCUCAAUGUCCAUUAUCAAGAGCCCGAAUUUGGCCUGACAAUGGCAAUCCUACCUAUUGCCGUCAUACAGGCGGGCCUCGCGGCCUAUUGCGUAACUAACGAGCAUAAAAAGGGAAUGUUUGUGGUGAUAGCUUUGCACCUCGGCCUUGUCGGGUACCUCGUCAGCAGGCUGACGAUCCUAUUCGGAAAGGGACUUCGUUCCAAGACAUUGAUGAAGGAAGAGAUGGUACUAUUUGCCGCUAUGGGUCUGUUUUUGAGUGCUGUAUCAGCGAUAGCAGCAGCUAUUUGCACGGCGAGUUUCGACAAGGGAUUGAAGCCGUUGCUGUUGGGUCAGGAGCCAAGGAAUCUUGCACCACCGCAGGAGUUUGAACUGACGAGACCACGGCCUAUAAGUGGUGUAUUUGCUCGUCCUGAGCGGAUGUCUCGUCGCUUUGAUAUAGAUCUCUGUGAGUGGAUCACGACGUUAUACUUCUCAGACAUCGUAUUGAGUCGAAAACACGGUGCUCACAGCAUGGGAGGUCGCAAAGCAUCCAAAUCACAGAAAGGUGGCCAGAGUAAGGCCGCUGCAGUACUGGUGUUUCCGCCCUUUCUCUUCCUUGGGCCAUGUUCAGCUGCAUCAUCUUCGUCUUUCCUACAAAGCAACGGAAUUACUUCUGUCAUUUGCAUCGGAUCAACACCCUCAGAAAGGAUCGACGGAGUCACUUACCACCGAAUCUCAAUGGUGGACUCACCGUCUGCGCCGAUAUCCGAGUCAAUUGAAUCAGCCAGCAACAUCAUUGACCAAGUCGCUGGAGCAGGCGGAAAAGUAUUGGUGCAUUGCUCUGCCGGAAUAUCAAGAUCUCCCACAGUCAUUGCCGGCUAUCUGAUGACCCGACAAGGCCUGUCACUGAAGGCGGCGUUGGCAGCCAUAGUCUCGGCGAGACCAACGGUUUGCCCGAAUCCAGGAUUCAUUGGCCAGCUACGGUAUAUGGAUCAAGAGUUACACGGCCAUGACUCUUUGGGCGUUGAUGAGCUUCCAAGGAGGACAGAGGAUCGCCUUGCAAUCCUGGGGGAAGUGGAAAAGGAAACGGAGGGAUGA